UAGGAAAGGAUAGCCGAUAGGCGAUAGCAAGAGAAAAGGAAAAAAAAAAAACUCUUCCAAUCCGUAGAAGCUACACACAAUUAACAAUUUGUGCGCUAAGAAGCCUCUAUUUCAAGGAAAAUUCCAUCUCUAUCUACCUACAGUCUAAUAGUAUAAAUUCGUUAUUUUCGUAUUGAUGAUUGAGCGAAAAACACAAAGAAAGUUGAAUCUUUUCUUGAAUUUAAGAACAUAAAGAAGAUUGAGCGAAAAAGAAAUUGAAGAUCUUUUCUUCGACGACACCAGAAAGUUCAAUCUUCCAAAAAGAUUCAAGUUUGUAACAAUAAUUAAAUGGCAAAGCAAGCUCCAACACUGUUUAUUGAAGACUGGCUUAGAACCAGUACUUCAAUCAACAACAACAACAACAACAACAACAAUAACAACAACAAGAACAACGUUGCUAGUUUAUCAGCUCAAAUGAUAAUUCAAGCAUGGGGGGCUCUGAGAGAUUGUGUGCAAAAGGGUGCAUUUGAUCAGCGCCACCACCAUUUUCUGAAAACCCUUGUUGAUGCAAAGGCCACAUUAUACGUGGCUGAUCCACAAGCGAAACUACUCAUUUCAAUGCUUAAUUCUAGUAACAUUUCUGUUCCUCAUGAUUCAUAUCCGUUGAUUCUUAGACUUGUUUAUAUAUGGGUACGAAAAUCGUCGAAACCGUCGUUAGUGUUGCUGGAUUCAGCAGUGGAGGUUGUUGUUCAUAUUUUGUCUGACCAGUUUGAUGUUAAUAAAAGCACAUGUUUGUUUGUGGAAGGUGUUCUUCUUGUUGGUGCUUUUUGUUUUGUACCGUCUAUGAGUGAGAAGGCGAAAACUGCUUGUUUGAAUGUUGUUUGUAGAAUGUUAGAGGAACAAUAUAAGUUGAUUGGUUCUGUUGGUGAAUUUGUUCCUGAUGUACUUGCAGGAAUUGGGUAUGCUUUAUGUUCUUCAGGAGAGUUUCAUUUUGUUAGGUUGUUAGAGUUUUUGCUAGGAAAUUGGGUUGAUGUAGAGGUUGGUUAUGAUGUUUCUCAUGGACUGAUGAUUCUGCAUCUAGUAGAAUGGGUUGUGUUCAGACUUGUUAGUUCUAGUGGUUCGAAGAAAAUUGCGAUUUUUAGUAGUGAUGUUUUGGAAAACCCCAAGGCAAAUUUUGCAGUGUUUGGUGUUCUCAUGGCCGCUGCUGGAGUCUUAAGAGCGUCUAAUAGAGCUGUAAAGCAAGGAGAGAGGCUGAAUGUUGUGUCUGGAUUAAGAAUUUCUGCAGAGGCUCGAAUAGAAGCUAUAGCAUCAAACCUCAUCUUGAACAUAGGGGAUCAUAGUAACAUUAUUAUUGAAGACGGUGAAGUCAAAUUUCUACUUCAUUGCCUCUCAUUGGCUGCAUCUCGAAGUGGCGGUAUGAAUUCUACUAGAGGACCGCUGUUAUUGUCACUUGCUUUAGCCUUGCUGAUUGAAGUUUUUCCCUUGAGAAGAUUUUAUAUUAUGAUCCUGGGGUCUCCAACAGGCAAUUUGGGGGGUUUAAAUCCUGUCUGUGUGAAGGAACAUCAAGACAGCAUUCUCUUCAAGGAAGCGGGGGCAGCAACUGGUAUUCUCUGUAAUCUUUAUGCAUCUGCAAAUGAUGAUGACAAGUGUAAGGUUGAGAAUUUAGUUUGGAGUUUCUGUCAUGACAUCUACCUUGGCCAUAGACAGAUAGCUUUGGUGCUGCAAGGCAAGUCAGACCAAUUGCUUAAUGAUUUGGAGAGAAUAGCUGAAUCGGCUUUCCUGAUGGUGGUAGUCUUUGCAUUAGCUGUCACCAAAGACCGACUGACUUCCAAAUUUUCGAGGAAGAUACAGAUGGAUUGCUCUGUUAAAAUUCUGGUCUCGUUUUCCUGCAUGGAGUAUUUUCGGCGCAUUCGACUUCCGGAAUACGUGGAGGCAAUCAGGAGCGCAGCUAUGAAUGUCCAAGAAAACGAGGUUGCCUGUGUCUGUUUUGUUGAAUCCUUGCCUUCUUAUGUUGAUCUGACAAACCCUCAAGAAUUUUGUCGUGUGCAGAAUGGGAACUAUGUAUGGUCUAAAGAUGAAGUGCAGACUGCGAGGAUCUUGUUCUACCUGCGAGUAAUUCCGACUUGCAUCAGCUUUUUGCCUAGCUAUGUGUUCCGAAAAGUGGUGGCUGCCCCAAUGUAUUUAUAUAUGUGGCACCCAAACAACAAAGUAGCUCGUGCCUCACAUUCAGUAUUCUCGGCUUUUAUAACUUCUGAAAUGGAAUCUGAUGAGGAUGAGAGGAUCUUGUUGAAGGAGCAGCUUGUUUUCUAUUACAUGAAAAGGUCCCUUGAGGCUUAUCCCGGUGUAACACCAUUUGAUGGUGUGGUUUCUGGUGUCUCUGCCUUGGUUCGACAUCUUCCUGCUGGGAGUCCAUCCAUAUAUUUUUGCGUGCACAGUCUAGUUGAGAAGGCAAAUGGACUGUGCAGAGAAGUCAUGAAUCUUAAAGAUUCUGAAUUGUGGAAGAACUGGCAAGGAGAUUCAGAGCCCUGCAAGAAAAUUAUAGAGCUGCUUAUGCAGCUCAUAUCUUUGGUGGACAUACAGGUCCUACCAGAAAUGAUGAAGCUGUUGGCACAGCUAAUUAUCCAAUUACCAAAAGAUGGCCAGAAUAUGGUACUCAAUGAAUUGUAUGCCCUUGUUGCAGAAUCUGACGAUGUAAUUAGAAAACCUACGUUAGUUUCAUGGCUGCAGUCAUUAUCUUUCCUCUGUUCUCAAGCCACUGCUGCAAAUGAAACAUGCACAGAUGAACAAAGAAGUGAAAAUUCACUCAGCUUGCAAAAUGUUAUGGCACGGUUGUGAUUGAUUGAGGUACCCUUUUCCAUGUGCAUUGUAUUUUCUCUGUUUGUGAUUGCAGUCACUAUUUCGGGAAUGGAUCAUCCUGUUCAUACUCAAACAAUUGCAUUGCAAUGAUACCCUGUAAGAUAAGCAGUAUUACUCGGGUCAUAAACUUUACAAUUAGUAGUGUACUUUCGCUUAAUGCGGGCCUGUGUUCAAAGUAACUCAGCUAUGUGACUCAAGCAUGGUUGCUUCUAAUAAUGAGCUAAAAUGAUGCCCAAGAGGCCAACAUAGCGCACAUGGUAGAGAGCUGCCCUCUGGCUAGGAGUUGGCAAACUGCUCUAAUAACGUGACAAAUUGGUAUCAUGGAAUUAAAAUAAGAUGUAAAAUUGAGUCACUGCACAUAGUCUUACAUCAUGUCAUUUGGAAAAUAGUUCCCUUGGAGAUAUAAGUUUUUCUUCGGAGACGUCUAACAAUUUGUCAUAUGCGUGAAUAUGACAUAUAUGAAUAAGUUAUGACCGCCUCAUGAAAAGUAUUCAAGGAGAAUCACCUGGCGAUGCCAUGUAAAAUCACAUUGUUGUUUCAUGUGUGGCUCCAGUUCAUAGCAAAGUUUUGGCCAGAAGAUUUCUGCGUAAUUUGCAGCAGACCCCUAUGGUAUUUAUUGUAUUUUAGUUUGAUAGGUAGAUAAAUAUGGGUUUCAAAAUAAGUGCAACAAUUUGGAAAUAAUUGCAACAUUUCUAUAUUUGGCUGAUGGGUUCUCUCUCCUCAUGAUAUGGGUCCCUCCUAUCUUUUUGUGCUGUGUCUUGUAUUACUAAGUGUUGCGAUUUAUUCCUCUUUAUCAACUGCAAAGAAAAGUAAGGACUUCAAUUCAAGGGAUCUGCCACCAGGACCACCCCUUUACCAAUUGUUGGGAGUCUCUUCAGCCUCAGUACCAGGCCACUUAUCUCCUUGUCCGAACUUGCCAAUAAGUAUGGCCUUCUGAUGAUGCUGCAGCUUGGCCAAGUUCAAAGAGGGAUAAUUUCUCAGCUACUAUGGCCAGAGAAGCCCUUUAAAAGAACAAUUUCUCCUGUGCUAACCGCUUCAUUUAUUAUGCAACUCGUGUACUCAAUUACGGAAUGACCAUGUAUAUUCAGUUGGCUGGUUGCCAGUGGCAUGUCAGUGCGAAUGCAACACCCAGGUCUUCUCAACUGGCAAACUGGAUGCAAGCCAAAGCGUUCGGAGAAACAAGGUCCCCGAUAUCCUUUCCGUUGUUAAGAAGAGCAGCGAAGGUGGUGUUGAAAUUGAUACAGGUCAAGCAACAUUCACCACUUUCCUCAAUUUGUUAUCGAGCACUCUUUUGCAGUGGAUUUGGGGGACCCAGAUCUGACUUUGCUAAUGAAGUACGAGAUACUAUAAGAGAUGUUUUGGAAGAACUCGAGAAGUCCAACUUAGCCGACUGUUUCCCAUCUUGCAAAAAAUAGACGCACUAGUUAUCAGGCGGCAUACAAGUAAUAAUUUUCGAAAGAUGAUAGAUCUAUUCAGUGUCAUGAUUGAUCAACGAUUGCAAGGCAAGAAGCCAUUGAGCUCAAUACAGUCCCUGACGACGUAUUAGAUGCAUUGCUCGCAUCAACUCAUGAGAAAAAUGCCGAAGACAGAAGUUCUUGAUGCUUCAAAAAUCUCCUUGUCAUAUUAUUGGACCUAUUAUCUACUGGAACUGACACAACAUCGAUCACCCUUGAAUGGGCAAUGACGGAACUACUGCACAACCCAGGAGAGUUGAAGAAAGCACAAUCCUAGGGAAGAAAUCAGAUCUUCAACUGAAUUUUUGAAUCUAGUAAUUUUCGAUCGAAAUUGCGAAGAGAUCUUCAUUUUAGUUGCCAAAGUGAAAUUUCAUUAACAUAUAUUUAGCUCAGUUCAAUGGAUUCAAUCAUCCGGAUAAAUUAAUCGAUUCGACUGACAUUGACGACAUUGGAAGAGUUGACAGUAAUUGAAAAGAUCAAAAGAAGCAACGCAUUUGCGAUACGAAGUUUACGGAAUUUGCAGGAAGAAAUUCAAGAAGAAAACACUCAUAAAUCUCGCUCUCACCGGAAACUCGGCGAUUUUUAGUCUCACAUGUUUUCAAGGAGCUCACCGUCAAAAUCUGGCACGUAUACACAGUCCUGGUAGAAAUUUUCGCCAUUUUAAAUUUAUUUUUCCGAUUAUUUUGUUCUUUUAUUUGCUGUCAAGAAGAAGAAAAAAAAUAUUUGAUGCCUAA